GCCUCUGUGGAAAACAGUCGGAUACUAUCUCACGAUUCAUCCGAACUAAAAUGGCGGCAGCAGCAGCAGCAUCCUCUCAUCUAAUGUUUGUUCUUCGUUCACAGCCAUUGUCACCAUUACCCUCUUCUUCUUUCUUUUCUUUCCUCAAACCUCUUCCACGUCUCCAAUUCCCACCGCUUCGAAAAUCUCUCUUCUCCGUUUCCUCUUCUGUGGUGGUUUCCCAAGACGGCGAGGAAACAGAGACUGGGAAUGAUGAACUGGAUAGUGAAAGAGGUGAUUUUGGAGGUACCCAAUUAGAUUCAACGUCGUCGCCGUUGGUGAUAAAGAGGGAGGAGAGGCUGAAGUUGGAGGUGCCGAGUCUCAGUGUGAAAGAAAGGAAAGAGCUUGCGUCUUAUGCUCACAGUUUGGGGGAUAAGCUCAAGACCCAGUUGGUGGGAAAAUCUGGUGUUACGCCCAAUGUUGCCACCUCUUUCAUUGAGACCCUUGAAGCCAAUGAACUUCUCAAGAUUAAAAUACAUAGGAGCUGUCCAGGUGAGUUAGAUGAUGUGGUGAAGCAGUUGGAAGAAGCAACUGGCUCGGUGGCCGUUGGUCAGAUUGGUCGAACUCUGAUUAUAUACAGGCCCAGUGCCUCCAAAUUGAAAGAGGAAGAAAAGAAGAAACAAGUUCGUAAAUUUAUUCCGAAAAAGCAACUAAAUCCGAGACUGGUAAACAAGAGUAGGGUUCAAGUACCCAAAUUAACGCGGCCUGGUUCUUCAUGGAAAGGAAGAAGUAGGCCAUAAACACAUUCUACUUGUAUUGAGGUUUGUCCUGGUGCUGUGCCUGAACAAGCUUGAGGCUAUGGCAUGCAUAAAAACCAAAGGUCAUGGAAUCGACUGUUUAUUGGCAGAAGAAAAUACAGUUAAUUAAUUUUAAAUCAAUGAACGGUUCAAUACGAGUGUAGAGUAUGCUUGUAACUACUGGAGCAUAACAAUGCAUUGAGUUUGGUUAGGAUUGUUUGGAGAUCAAAUCAAUAGAUUUUACCGCGAUGAACAUAUUGUAUUUGCAAUUAUUAUCAAUCAGAACUCUUGUUGAACACACCGUUGUCAAUAACUUAGAAACCUUGAUUAAAUA